GAUUGAUGAAUGAACAAGAACAAGUGCGAUGCCUCUUAUUUUACGAUUUUAAAUUUUGGAAAACUUAACUUACUCAAGAAUUGUGACUAAUAUGUGUUAAACGGUGCAUAUGUCAGCGUAGGUACAACACCAUAAAUGAAUAAUGGCGCAAAGCUCCCAUGGAGGUAGUCACCGACGAAGCAGAGAGCAUGAUGCCCCCAUGCGGUACACAAACUCGGACUGGGAGGCCAAAGAGGCUCUCUACCAGAGAGAGCUGGAUGAGGCUCGCGCCAGGGCCACGCAGAUGGAGAAGACCAUGCGCUGGUGGUCCGACUGCACGGCCAACUGGCGGGAGAAGUGGAGCAAGGUGCGCAACGAGCGAAACAAAGCGAGGGAGGAAUCGAAACAACUCAAAACCCGAGUCGACACACUCUUGAAAGAAGUAUCCACCGUCAAAGCAGAAAAGAACGAUCUAGAACAGCAGCUCAUAGAAUUAAAAAGAGACAACGAAAAGCUUCUUAGUAUAGGCGAGAGCAGAAUAUUGGCCGGCGACCUCGUCACCGAGGAUGGCGUGGAACUGCGGCGGAAGAACGUCGGCUACCUCUCGCCCAACGAGCCCUCCAUGCGCCAGCGAGCCUCGCUCGACUCUCACAAAUUCUCCAAUGUAGACAAUGUCCUAGCUAACAAGUUGAGUGAGCUCAGACUGCGGUUAGACGAGACCUGCAAGAGUCUACAAACAGAGAAAGAUGAGAAGACCUUCCUUCUGUCCAAAAUAGAAACACUAACAGCAGAAUUACAUAACAUGAAGGUUGAGCUCACGCACAGCGAUAGAACCUUAGAAUCGACAGACUCGAGCCACAGCGAGGUCGAGAGACUUCAAAACGAGUUGCAAGACGAAAUAGCAGCCAAACAAGUUCUAGAAGAGAAGUUAGCAGAACUGAAAAUGGAGAUAGAGAGGUUGAAAUCUGAGAACACGAUACAGUGGAGUAAGAGGGAGUUGCUUGAGACGGAGAAUAUAGCAAUACUCAGGGAGAACAAAAAGUUAUAUGGUCAAGUGUGUGAGCUGAGGGAACAAAUACAUAAACUGAACAGAAUAUCGGAUGGUAGUGCUUACUUUAGCGAUCACAAUAGACUAGACUCCAACAUACUCUACGUCAGGAAGUCGAGCGCCAGUCCUCGCUCCCACGAGUCCAGCAACGGCUCCUCGGAAGUUAACCUGCACUACGACGCGAAAACUAACACUUCCGGUGAAGACGACGAACUAGCAAUAGUAGAGAGAAACGAUAAUCUGUAAGAAAUACCUUUUCCUUGAGAUCUGUGAGAAAGUUCUGUCAAAAUUGAAUUAAGAUUGGGCGACGGUCCGUGGUAUACGUAAUUUAUUCUUCUUUGAAAUAGUUCAAAGUAGUAAAGAGGUUGUAUUGAGUAUUCUAAUAUCUAUGGUUAGGAGAGUUUAGCUUUUGUGAUCUCAUUCACUGCACUCGGAUUUCACAAAAACAAUAUUCGGUCGAGUUUUCUGGAGUAUUUUUUGGGUUAAAACAAAAUACAGGGAAUCGAACGCUAUGAUUUUGUUAUAGUUUAAACCCGGCCUUAUUUAAGACUUUGUUUGUAUUUUACAGACUUAACCUUCAAUACUCAUUGAUCUUAUUACGAUACAAUAACAAUUCCACAAUAAUAAGACGACUUAUAUUUUUAUAACAUUUGCGAUCGUACAAACGCCUAUUGAUAACGCAUUUAAAAUCAUUCCAUUGCAUUUGAUAUACAAUGAAGAUAAAAUGAAUUUAUUAAGUGAAUACGUUACAAAUUAAUAUACAGUACGCUUAUUGAGAAAUGUGCUAAACACGACGCAAGAUAGAGGUUACAAUUAACGACGAUGAUUGUUUUGCACCUUGUUGGCCGGACAUGAUGAAAAAAAAGGCAGACCUUUUCCUUUUAUGAUUAGUUAACCUAAAAUACUAAUUUAUUUUAUUUACGUCGAAGUUAUUAUUUAUUGACAGCUUUUCAAUAAAUCUUAUCGAUUCUGACUACAUACAGAACCGGGAAACUGAAUAUCCGGCUUGCUAUCGUAUUUUUCCUUCAAUACGUCAUGGGCAAUGGGACGCCGCGCUACGCAGAAUAUCGUGCCGUCUCGCUUCCACAACUGAGACUGACUAUAGGAUCUUAAAAUAUCAGUACGGCGACUUAAGUUACAUUUUUAGUAACCUUUAUCUUGUGUCCAUCUCGUGUACCUACGUGACUAGUAUCAAAUAGGUGUUAUAUUGCAUUAGCGAUUGUUGAUCAUUGUGAUAGUCUAGUUUUACAUAAUAGGACAACUUUACAAGUAAUUAUUAAUAUAAAUUUCUUUACUGAUUUAGUAAUACUUUAUAUUUUAAAGUGAGCUCUAACCAGAUAUCAAAGUAUUUAUUAACCAGGCUUGUUUAUUUGUUCUGGUUAUAAAGCGGCCCUUAUGCAUUGCGUAAUAUUAAUAUCAAUUAUAUUGUGCAAUAAAAAAUAUACAUUAUAUGGACUUAAUUCAAUAUUAACCAUAUACAUUCAAUAAUGUUGAUCAAUUUAUAAGAUAUUUUGAUAGUAAUUAUCGUGAGAAUGAUUCAUUAUUAAAUGAUGUAACGGUUUACUCACGCGUAUUUAUCGGGGUAGCCCGACUAGUUUCGGAACCAACCGGAGUCAUGAUCAUUCUGCGGCUAUAUUGACGAACAUACAAAAAAACUGUUAUUUUCAGUACUAAGUUAUGUAUAUUAAAUAACUUUGAGUUUCUUUCGACAUCUUAAUGAACACAUUUAAUAUAACAAAUUUUAAACAUAAGGCCUAAUUUGCAACGUAUUUUUGUAUAUUUCUUAAGUUAUUUAUUUGCU